GAGAAUCGUGAAAACUUAGUAUUUUCGGAUCAUUUCUGGAUAACAUUAAGUUUUUCCUGAAGUCUGUCUGUAUGAUGAAUGUAAUUUAUACACAUUCCUCUGUCUGUUAAAUCAACCUACCAAGCGUGGAGUGAAGUUUUCGACGCCAAACCUGCCUAAUUAACAGGAACACAUUUGAAGCGAAUCUGAGGAGUCAGUAAAGGCAUUGAAUGUAAUGCCAAAUCUGGAUAUCUGGAAUUGAUGGAUGAACCCAACUUGGGAAGACGCCACCAUGUGUUCCAUUGCGGGACUCCCAUCGGCAGGUUCAAAUGUUGCUGUGCUGGUAACCCGAGUGAACUCAAAUCCACUCUGUGUUAUGGUGGAAUUUUGGGGGAAUUUUUGCAUGGAGAGAAAGCAUAUUUAUGAGCAGAUGCGAAAAGAGAUUCAGUGUCAAGGAGAGAGAUUUCGAGAGGCAGAUGGGAGCCCAGGAGACCAGUGCUUGGUCCAGAUAUGUGAUACAUGGUAUAGGGCUCGUGUUGUUUCACGUAUAUCAUCCAAUUACAAUGUGUUUCUUUUUGAUGAGGGGAAGACACUGAAUGUCAAGACUAACAUGUUGGCCUGGGGCAAAAGAGAGCAUUUCCUUCUACCUCCGGAGGUGGAGUUGUGUGUUCUUGCCAAUGUUUUACCAUUGUCUCCUGAUAACAAAUGGUCUCCCAUGGCCUUGGAGUUCAUGAGAUCUCUAAAUGGUAAGAUGGUGAAUGCAUAUGUACAGGAAGUCCUUGUACCUCAUCGGACUCUUCUCCUUGACAUCCCAAGUUUUUCACGGCAGAUUUUGGAAAUGGGUUUCGCCAAGAAGCUUCCGCCAGAGAGGUUCAGAGAGUUUGUAUCUCAUCAUUUGCAGCCCUCAAGCAGAGGCUCACCCACAAAUCUUCCAGCCAAUCAGUCCACCAGUGACAAAUCUACAGAGGUCAGGCACCCAGAGUCCCAACUGAGCUUUAUGUACCCGGAGCUGCAACCUGAAAUGGUAGAGACGGUGGUUGUUACUGAGGUCACAAACCCCUCACGCAUAUUUUGCCAGCUGAAAGUUUUCUCUCAGGAGCUGAUGAAAUUAACAGAGCAGAUCACCAAGCAUUAUGAGGGUAGAGUUGGAAUGUGUCCACCACCUGAAACAUUGGGGUCUCCUUGUGCAGCUAGAGGACCAGAUGGCAAGUGGUAUCGAGCAGUCUUGCAGCUGGUCAUGCCAUCGAGUAAUGUAGCAGAGGUAUUGCAAGUCGAUUAUGGCAAGAAACACUUUACUCAAAUUGACAGCAUAAGGCACCUGACAGCAGAAUUCUUCAGAAUGCCUGUUGUGACCUAUGUGUGCUCCCUACAUGGUGUUAUUGACAAAGGUGUUGGAUGGACUGCUUCUCAGAUUGACUAUUUGAGGUCCCUGCUGUUAAACAAGACCUUGAUCGCCAAAUUUGAGUACCAAAGCCUGUCAGAAGGGGUUCAUUAUGUCACUCUUAUUGGGGCAGGAAGCAGGAACCUCAACAAAGAAUUUGGCACAUCUGCGGAGUGUCUCUUGGAAACAGAGAAGAUCAUUCAAGAUUACAGCAUUAACAAGAACACAUCUCAGAAAUUGCGUCCACCUAACCAUGGUGAGGAAAUGGCAAGCAAGUUAAACAUGUCCAAAGAAAGCCUUCCAGUGAACACCACACAGAAAGUUGUUGUGCAGUAUGUCGAAAGUCCAUCUGAGUUUUGGGUUCAGACUCAGAAGUAUGCAGAUGAAUUUGACCAGAUGAUGGAUGCCCUUACAGAUUUGUACUGUGAUCCAGCAUCUGCAGAUGGAUUUGUAAGAAACCCGGCAAUUGGUCUCUACUGUGCUGCAUUGUCUAAAGAUGGCUCUUACUACAGAGCUAAUGUUUGUGAGGUGAACGGCAAGCAGUUGUUGGUUUACUUUGUUGACUAUGGAAAUACAGAGAUUGUGGACAGUCAAAGUAUCCGUAAUUUACCUUCCAAAUACCAAAUGUUGCCACCUCUUGCCCUGAAAUGUGCCUUAGCUGGGAUCAAACCUGUGUGCGAUGGAUGGAAUCUAAAGGCACUGAAUUUCUUCUCAGACUCAGUCAUGGACAAAGUUCUUGACCUUCAUGUUACUGGCAAGAUCGAGGACAAACAUGUUGUUCAGUUGUCUGAUCCAUUGCUAGAUGGUGAGAAGGACAUUUGCCACCUGAUGUGUGGUGCUGGAUUGGCCAGGAGGGAAGAGGCAAUUGCCAAGCCUGUUCUCAAAUAUGCCCACAAACCGCAGACUUUGUCUCAAGACAAAACCAAGAGUGAAGCAUCGUUAGACAGUGGGGCAGCAAUUCCUAAGGCUACCAGAUCUGCCUUCAAAGAGUACUUGUUUCAAAUAGGAAGCUCAGUAGAGGUUUUUGUGUCUCAUAUUGACAGCCCAAAUGACUUUUGGUGCCAGAUUGCCAGAAAUCUAGGGCACCUGAAGUGCCUUAUGCAAGAUAUUCAGAUUCACUAUGCUGACAGUGAAUACCAGGAACUUGCUGAAGCAGCAUGUGUAGCCCGUCAUCCUGAAAAUGGAAUGUGGUACAGAGCUUUGAUCAUUCACAAACACCAGACACCUCAUGUUGAUGUACUUUUCAUUGAUUAUGGACAAACCAGGAAAGUGUCUGUGCAGGAACUCCGUCCCAUCCACCUGUCCUUUUUGAAACUGAAUGGUCAAGCAUUUCGAUGCAGCUUGUACAACCUCAUUCAUCCACUAACGCAUACUUCUCAAGAAUGGGAUUCUAAUGCUACACAUCUGUUCAAGGAGUUUGUAAAUGAAGCGUCAUCCAUGCACAUUACUCUGAAAUGCACCAUAUAUGCCGUAAUGUAUGACAUGCAGAAAGUGGUUUUCAAUGUGGUGGACUUGGAAACGCCAUUCCAGAGUGUGUGCAGUCUGCUAGUGAAGAAAGGGCUGGCUUUAAGUGCUCCUCCGAAGAAGGCUCCUGUCCCACCAUUUCGUUUGGACACCUAUUACUACUCACACCACAAUCUCAAAAUGGGGUCUGAAGAAGAAGUAAUAGUGACCACAGGGAAGAGUGUGACUCAGUUCUACUGCCAGCUCACUAGGAACACUGAAGUGAUUCAAGAGCUAGCAGACAAAGUCAACUGCCUUUGCCACCAGCUUGAGUCUGUGCAAUGUCCAAAGACAUUUGGAACUGUCUGCUUUGCCAAAUACACAGAUGGUGAAUGGUACAGAGGCCAAAUCAAAUCUAUCAACCCAUCCAUUGUGGUUAACUUUGUGGAUUAUGGAGACACGAUAGAAGUACAGAAGGCAGAUUUGCUUCCAAUCCCCAUUGAAGCUGGUGAGAUCAUGUCAAUGCCUGUUCAAGCUAUUGAGUGUGGACUUUCUGAUAUUUGUGUGGAUGUCCCAAAUGAGGUAAACACCUGGUUUGAAAAGUAUGUGAUUGAUCAUUUCCUGAAAGCAGUCAUUGUAGCAAAGGAACCAAGUGGAAAGCUAUUGGUUGAACUUUAUGAUGGAAAAACACAAAUUAACCGCAUCCUGAAAGAAAAGUUUGCUGCUGAGCUGCAGUCAAAAAGACAGGAUGCUGCCUCAGAGCGAGACACCAGGAUUGGCCAAAACCCAGUGGAGAGGGAAAUUCCCAGGUUUGAGUCAAAAGCGCAAGUGGAUGAUGACUGGCGGAAGAAACACACUCAGAGCACUUCCUACAGAGAUAUUGACGUGAGAAAUGGAUCAAACCAAGACUCAAAAUCUCAAGUGAAUGAAGUCUGGCGAAAGCAAUACAACUCCACACCCAUCCAGUUCAUCAAAGGAGAUGCAGGGAAUAAAUCAACCAAAUUUGAGUCAAAAACACCAGUCAACAACACACAUGUAUCUCUUAACAGAGGUGAUGGUCCAAAUCUGGGUAGCACUUAUUCAAGACCUCAAGCAAAUGUCUGCCAAGAGCGAGAUCCAACACCAAAACCAAGAUCACUUGGCUCAGGAAAUGAGAAAAGCAAAACUGCGACCGAACCAGCAAGAGCCUCUUUUGGUAAUGCAUCUGUGUCUGUGUCAGCAGAGUCUAGGGUGACUUCAGCCAAACCUGCAAAACACAGCAUCCCUGAGGUCUGUCCUGCACAACCCAUUAAAACUUCUGCCAUCUCCUCAAGUGAAGACACAGCUCCACAGGUCAUUCCGAAAUUGUCUGAUCUUCCACCAAAGUCCAUCAUGCCUAGAACAGAGUCAGAAGUGUAUCUGUCACACUGCAAUGGUCCUUCGAGUUUCUUUGUCCAGCUUACCUCGGAUGAAGAUAAUAUCUUCAAUGUUGUAGAAGAGUUGAAUAAUAACAGCGAUUAUACACCUCUGUCUGUGAAAGACAUCCGAGAAGGACAUUUGGUUAACGCUCAGUUUCCAGAGGACGAAUCUUGGUAUCGCGCUGUCAUAAAAGCACAAGUUGAGAGUGACACUUACAAUGUGGAGUUUAUUGACUUCGGUAACAUGGCAAUAGUGCCCUCUACGAAAAUCUGCUGGCUUGCUCAGCCCCAUUUGGGUUAUCCCAGGCUGAGUAUUCAUUGCUUCCUGAGUGGUUCCACAGGCGAUGAGGGAAAUCCAGGUGACUUCAAGAAUGAGAUCACUGGGAUUGAUGGACUCAUACAUUGUACGUUUAUUCAAGAAAAAGAAAGUAGUUGGGAAGUGAUCCUAGUGGCAAAUGGCAAAAGACUCGGAGAGGACACAAAAAACUCAACUGUAACAUCUGCGCUGCCAGCAGGCAAGGAAAUAAGUUCGAAACAAAACAGUUCAUUGUCUGAAAGUGCCAGUCAAGCCUUGGAUGAAGUUGUAGUUUUGUACAAGAAAGUUGAUUUAUCUGAAGGACAGUCUCUAGAUGUUUUUGCCUCCACCAUAAGUGGGCCUGAGUUCUUUUGGUGUCAGUACUCAGAAGCAGACAAACUCCGAGAGAUUUCUGAUCUUGCUCAACAUAUUGGAAAUGCUCCAGAAUUCAAAUCUGUUCAUGUAGGAUCACUUCAUGUUGGGAGUGCCUGUUUGGGUCUCUUUGCUGAUGAUCAACAAUGGUAUCGAGGUGAAGUCUUGUCAAAUGAGGGAGACACACUCUCCAUUCUCUUCAUAGACUAUGGCAAUGAAUCAUACGUCAAUGUUGACAAAGUAAAAGCGCUCCCCCUGCAGCUACACAAUAUUCCCCCUCAAGCUUUUCUGUGUCAACUGGAUGGUUUUGAUUGCUCUCAGGGUUCCUGGAAAGAUGAUGCAGCUGACCAGUUUUUUGAGCAGCUAAAUGAUAAACUCCUGAAAGUGACAGUUGUAAAGCCUACACAGCCCGAAGAUGGAAGGACAUCAUACAUGGUCAAAGUUGAGUGUGAGGACCAAAUCAUCAGUGACAUCAUGAAAAGGUACUGGUGUUCAUCCUCUGACAGUGGCAAGGUUCCUGAAACCACCACAGAACCAGUUUCAAUUGAGCCAGUAGUUUCUCUCCAGUCUACUCUUCUUGCCUCUGAGUUGGAGACAGUUGAAGCAUCUAGCCAGGAAGUGCAGACUUGUGAUAUGGAUCAAGUUUUAGAUGACCCCGUAGCCAGCCCAGAAGCACAGGAUAAUCUACAGGACUUAUCAGAAACCAUAGAAGGGGGUUCUGCCAUCCCUGUGUUGCCCGUUGUUGAAGAUCUCAAUGUACACACAGAAGAGGAAAAAGAUCCAGUUGCUAUGGCAUCUUCCUGCAACCAAGAUCAAUCAGCUAUGCUUUUGACAGACACGGGUGAUCACCUUAUGAAAGAUGUUGUUCAAAAAGUCAUCAAUGAUGUUGUAGAGAUGAUAAGCACAAGUUCAGCACAAGCCCCUGAGGAGAAUGUAGAGUUGGACAAAUUUGCCAGUAGCACUGUGUUCAUCUUGGAGCAGGAUUUAAACGAAAGCACCCGUAUUCUCUGCAUUGAUGAAAGCUGUGUGUCUUCAACCUCACAUGAUCGGAGAGAAGAUGGGCAUGAGGACAGCCAGGCAGGUGAAAAUGAACUUGAACAUUCUAGAGAUGCAACUGCUGCAAAUACUGAAACUGGAGAAGAUACUCUUGAGGAGGGAAAUGCCAGUGAAGUUUUUACAUCCAAUUUUGGCAAACUUAGAAGAGCCACCGGAAAUGCCACUGUUGGAGCAGAAUGUGUUGUCUGGUCCCAAGCUAACCAGAGCUGGUGCCGUGCUAAAGUGUUAAGCAUUUCCAAAGAGACUUUACUGGUAUUGUUACUGGUGCAAGAUUAUCAAAUGGCAGUUGAUCCACAAAACCUCUUCGAAGCCAUUCCAGAGGAGAAAACCCAGAGUACACCCGCAGACACAGAUUCCCCCUCGUCAGAUGAUCUUCCACAAGUGUCGAGCAAAGAGAUUGAAGUGAAAACUGGUGUACUAGUUGAUCCUCAUGAGUGUGUUUCAGAUGACGAGGGUCUGCCAGAAGAGAUUCGGAGUGAUGAAAAUUCUUCACCUGUCAAUCAAAGACCUGAGGAACCCAGUUCUUUUGUGGAGGGACUUGCAUCUUAUGAUGUGCAGACAGAUUCCGUGCCUUCACCCCAACAGGAAGAGGAUCUGGUGCAAGAAUGCCAGGCUGAUGUGGAUGUCUUGGUUGAUGUUUCAGGAACAGCUGAGGAACCCAAUUCCAUUGAUGAGAGACUUGCGGCUUAUGAUGUACAGACAGAGUCAGUGCCUUCACCUACACGUGAAUGCCAGGCUGAUGUAGAUGCUACAGUCGUCAUAUCAGGAACAGCAGAUUCUGUGCCUUCACCUCAACAGAAAGAGGAAUGCCAGACCGAUGUGGAUGCCACAGCUGAUGAAUCAGGGACAGCAGGGGAACCUGAGGAGGCACUUCCAUCUUAUGAUGUGCAGACAGAUUCUGUGGCCUCACCCCAACAGGAACAGGAUCUGUUGCAUGAAUCCCAGGGUGAGGUAGAUGCUACAGUUGUCAUAUCAGGAACAGCAGCGGAACCCAGUUCCAUUGAGGAGGCACUUCCAUCUUAUGAUAUGCAGACAGAUUCCGUGCCCUCACCCCAACAGGAACAGGAUCUGUUGCAUGAAUGCCAGGCUGAUGUAGAUGCUACGGUCGUCGUAUCUGGGACAGCAGCGGAACCCAGUUCCAUUGAGGAGGCACUUCCAUCUUUUGAUGUGCAGACAGAUUCCGUGCCCUCACCCCAACAGGAACAGGAUCUGUUGCAUGAAUGCCAGGCUGAUGUAGAUGCUACGGUCGUCGUAUCUGGAACAGUAGCGGAACCCAGUUCCAUUGAGGAGGCACUUCCAUCUUUUGAUGUGCAGACAGAUUCCGUGCCCUCACCCCAACAGGAACAGGAUCUGUUGCAUGAAUGCCAGGCUGAUGUAGAUGCUACAGUUGUCGUAUCUGGAACAGCAGAGGAACCCAGUUCCAUUGAGGAGGCUCUUGCAUCUUAUGACGUGCAGGCAGAUUCUGUGCCUUCACCCCAACAGGGAGAGGAUCUGUUGUAUGAAUGCCAAGCUGAUGUAGAUGCUACAGCCGUCGUAUCAGGAACAGCAGAUUAUGUGCCUUCACUCCAUCUGGAAGAGGAUCAGUUGCCCAUAUGCCAAGGUGAUGUGGUUGCCUUAGAUGACGCAUCAGGAACAGCAGAUCUGGACGAGGAGGACUCUAAUGAUGUUGCUGACGCAGUGGAUCCACCUGUUGCUGAGGAACAGAUUGAGGAGUGCCUGACUGCUUUGGAUGCUCCAGAUGAAGUGGUUCCUCUAGCAGUUGAGGAGGCCCCCCUGGAAGAGCCUGAGACUGCUGCAGAGCAGGACCCGGAACAAGACAAUGCUUUGCAUGCUAAUCUCCAAGGAUCUACUUCAGAGGAAGUGGUCCUACAGGAAGUCCAGUCAGAGAGUUCUUCAGCCGAAGAGACAGGAAGCACUGAACAGAGUCCAGAAUUCCCAGAGAGAGCGGUAUUGGAACUUUUAGACUUUUCUCCGAAUGAGAAGCAGACGACAGUUGAAAGUAAUGGUGACCAUGAUGAUCAGACUGGGGCUGCAGAUGUUAUCGAGGCAUCAGAAGGUCUUCCUGUGGAGGUGGAUCUGAUUGACUUGACCUCUGAUACAGAAGACUCAGACACUGCUUCAGAUGAUACGGUGAAAGACCGCAGUGAAGAGUUAGAGAGGAGUGCUGAAGAAGGCCAAACAUUAGAUGAAGUCUUAAGUGAAGUAACACAUCUCAGCCUGCGAGCAGAGGCGGCGUCUGGUGAUGACAGCGAUGACAGUGUCAUAUUUGUGGGCGAGAUGAGGGCCCCCAUGCCAUAAACCCAUCAGAGAGGUGACUGUACUGUCCAAACAGAAGUUGAUUUUUCUUUCAGUCCUCUUAAGAGAUUAAUUAAUGGGCCGCUUUUGGAUGUGGAGGAAAUCUGCAAGUUCCGCAGAUAAUAUUAUUUGAUUUCUUUGUUAAUUAUUUUUCUGAUGCAAAUGGUGAAUGUUUUUGUUUCUUUCAAUAUCUCUGCAAAUGAGUAACAUGUGUGAAGUAAGUACUCAUCAUUAUGUUUUGGUGGAAUGUUUCUGAAAAGGACAAUAGUGCUUAAUUCUCGCAGAAAUAUGUUGACUUUGAUUUAGUGUGGUCAUUGCUGUACAAAGGUUUCUUGUUCUUUAUCUUCUUUGAUGCCAAUUUUGAACCAUACCACAUGACUCAGGUCUUCCGUGAUGCAUAGUUCUUGGUAACUUAAAGAAAAUUGAGAAAUGUUUACUAAUCGAAUAAUAGAGUAAUUUACUUUUUGAGGCUAAAUAAAUAAGCAAGUUUAUAAAUUUAA